UUAUGCUUUCUUCGAAGUAUUGCAGAUCUCGUUUAGCCUAAUAACGUGUGAUGGAGUUUGCAGAACUCAUCAAGACCCCAAAGUUGGACAGAGUGACACUCCUUCGAUCAUUUCAUCCUCCUGUGGAAGGAACUUUAUGUAUUACUGGACACCAUGUAAUUUUUUCAUCCAGGAAAGACUCCACUGAAGAGCUCUGGUUGCUUCAUCGUAUGGUUGAUUCCGUUGAACGAAGGAUCACCCCAACAAGUAGUAGCAUCAUUCUAAAAUGCAAAAGUUUCCGUGUGAUCCACUUGGAGAUACCAAAUGUGGAAGAUUGCAUAAAUGUGGCAAAUUCCGUAGAGUGGCUUUCAAGUAUAGAGGAUUUGACCCUGCUUUAUCCAUUUUUUCAUCGUGCCAUGUUUGACCUGAUGGAAGAUGGAUGGACAGCAUUCUUACCUGAAAUGGAGUUUUCGAAGAUCAAAAGUCACAGUGAUGAGUGGAGGAUCAGCUAUGUAAAUAGAGACCAUUAUCUAUGUCCAUCAUAUCCUCAAGCAGUGAUUGUUCCUAAAAAUGUUGAUGAUGAUGCUCUUAAAACUAUAGCAGGAUUUCGUCACCUUGGCCGUUUUCCUGUGUUGAGCUACAUUCACAAAGAAACCAAGGCAGCACUCCUAAGAAGUAGCCAGCCAAUGGUUGCAAAUGGCAACAAACGUUGCAAGGAGGAUGAACGACUUGUUAAUGCUGCUUUAGGGACAGGAAAGAAAGGGUUUAUUGUUGAUACAAGGACACAAAACUUAGCCCAGCUGGCUAAGACGAAAGCUGACAGUUUUUUGGGAACAGGUGGAGGAUAUGAACCUGAGAUGCAUUAUCCACUGUGGAGACGUAUACACAAGCCUAUUGAUCGAUAUUCAACUCUUCUGGAUUCCCUCAUGAAGCUAAUUGAAGCUUGUAAUGAUACCAGUGGUAGUGUGGACAAAUGGCUUUCAAAGCUGGAGUCCUCGGGUUGGCUGAGUCACGUGAAAGAUAUUCUCACAUGCGCUUGUCUUGUUGCCCAGUGUCUUGACAAAGAUGAAUCGUCAGUGUUAGUACAUGGUGGGGAAGGGAUGGAUGCCACUCUCCAGGUUUGUGCUUUGGCACAAAUAAUACUUGACCCCGACUGUCGGACUGUCCGUGGAUUUGAAGCUUUGGUUGAAAGAGAGUGGUUGCAAGGUGGACAUCCCUUCACUGUCCGCUGUCAACAUGGACCUUUUGUUAGUCCAGCUGCAAGAACAAAAGAACAUAGUCCUACAUUCCUCAUGUUUUUAGACUGUGUAUAUCAGAUUCACCAACAGUUUGCAUGUUCCUUUGAAUUCAAUGAACAGUUCCUGGUUUUACUUUUUGAGCAUAGCUAUGCUUCACAGUUUGGUACCUUUCUCGGGAACUGUGACAAAGAAAGAAAAGAACUGAACCUCGCUCAAAAGACAGUCUCAUUGUGGUCUCACGUGAAUCGGCCAGAAAUCAUUGGCACUUACCUGAAUCCUAUGUAUGAUCCAAACAACAAAGUUAUCUGGCCCUCUGUAGCCCCUCAGAGUCUGGUACUCUGGUCAGGGAUGUAUCUCCGAUGGGUUCUCAACCCCUCUCCUCAGAUGGCAGCUUGGGAGACCAUAGCAGAGAUCAGGGAGAAAAAUAAGGAGCUCAGGUCCAAGGCAAUCAGACUCCGAAGAUACCUGAUGGAACUGGAGCGUGAAGCCGUAGAUAUGGGAGUGCUGAAGCCGCCACCACUACCCGAAGAAGUUCCUUUAGUGGGAAGCUAAUGAGGAAGGUUUUUGUUUAUCUGUAGGUGUAGGAUGUGUAGAUUAAACAGUUUUCCCCUCAAUUCAUAGGAUCGUUCAGUUUAACAGAAUUUUUAACACAAACUCUUAAAGUAAGAACUAAAAGCUUCAGUAUUUAUCAAUUGUUUAUGACAGUUAUUUGACUUUUUAUGCUAUAUUUGUCUCCACUUUGAAAGUAUGUAGAAUUUUAUCACUGAUAAUAUGAUUGGUGUAACUACAUUAGUGUUAUGUUGAACACAGAUACGUAGUUUAGAAGAUUGAGCUAGUAACGUAGCAUCGGUUCUCGAAUCAUAUCAGAAUACAUUUUUAAUCCAUGGGUAAUUCAUUGUUUGUUAGUUCAUUGUGGCAUUGUUUCUAUAUAAAUGAAAUUAAUAUCAGUAUUGUUGGGUUUAGCUAUCUAGUCGGGUUUUUCUAUCAGCAACCUAUUUCACACACCUAUGGUGAUUUUACAUAUACCCACGCUAGUCUAUUAUAUAUUAAUAUCCAAUGGUAUGAAAAGAAAAAGGAAAAUUCUAGAUUGUAGUUAAUUUAUUUCAUAACAGUUGUCAUCGAGAUUUAAGUUGAUAAGAAAACAAUACCAGCUUUGCAUGGUAUUCCUGUAGCUUUCAGUGUUGUAAGUAAUGUAUUUUGUAUUCAAGUUAGUUUAUUAUAAUUUAUAUAACAUGUAAACUGUAUUGAUUGUGUGUGUAAUUUUGGUAUAUGUAUUUUUUAAAUGUAUAAAUAAAACUCAACAAAUUAAAAUGUUUAAUAUUUAAAGUAUUUUCCAGUGUUUUUUUAUUGCCGUUUAUUAUGGUGCAAGGUAUCAACUCUCUGUACAGUAAUGUUUUGAUUUAAAAUUAUCAUUUCCGAGCAGGUUUAUCUUAAGAACGGGAAUAACUAGAGAUAUAGUUGCUAAUGCUACAGUUAUAAUCCAAUCAACCUUAUAUUCUACCACUGUAACUGUUAUUAAAAGUAUGUUUUCUGGUAAACCAUGUGUCUGGAACUUCCACUGAAAUGUUUAAACACAGAUUAGAUGACUGUCUUUCUGUUUAAACGUUCUUUAUAUGGAGAACAUCGUAAACAAUAAGAUGGUCAAUAGUGGCUUCCACUGAAAUGUUUAAACACAGAUUAGAUGAGUGUCUUUCUGUUUAAACGUUCUUUAUAUGGAGAACAUCGUAAACAAUAAGAUGGUCAAUAGUGGCUUCCACUGAAAU